AGAACCGAUUUUUUAUGUCGCGUGAAAUACAGCAAUACUUUACCGGACAUUCCAUUUGAUACGAAGUUCCUGACGUGUCCGCUCGUUUCACUUAGCAGAUUCACGGACUACAAGUUGUCUAGUUUGGAGAAGAAUUUCAAAUUUGAUGUGUUCUGUGAGCCGGACUGUGGCGUCCAUAUUGAUCUGAUCAGACCUGAAACAUAUUACGUUGAUCGGGAUGCCCAGAACAAGCAUCAUCCAACUGAUCUCGAACUUCUGGAAGAUGAGCAGACAAGUCAGCAGAACCUGCGCAGAUCUUUGCAACACUGCAAAAUGGUCCCAUGGAUGAGAAAAACUGAGUAUAUCAGUUCAGAAUUUACGAGAUUUGGUGUAUCAGCUGAAAGGCAAGAAACAAAGAUUGGCUACAGCACAAAGAAAAAGUUCCUCACCGAAGUUCUUUACAGAGAUCGUGCAUCACAAAUAGCUGCCAUAAAUAAAACAUUUGUUGAUGUGAGUCAAUUUUUUCAAUAA